GGCCUGAGCAUCUGAGACCACCUCAGACCAGGGUGUAGGGCAGUGGAAUUACUGCCCGGCGAUAAUCUGUGACAGAGCCAGCAGCAUGGAUAGCUUAUUUUCAUACUGACUUUAUUUCCUUAUUAACUACUCUUGUUUGUGGGAUUUGUGCUCUUAAUUUAAGGGACGGUAUGGUUGUCAUGGUGACACCCAGGACUUAAAGCUUGUUGUGAGCUGGAGCCAAAGAGACCUUUUUGUGCUCUCGUCCUCACCAACCAGUGAGGAAGACCACAGCAUACCACGAGUUUUGCAUUUUACAAACUUAUACCUCUUUGAUUUAAUGGGUCCAAUCAUUGGGAUGUCACCAGAUAAGAAAACGGAAAUUCCGGGUAUGCAAGAGGAGCGGACAGGACUCAGAGGUGUUUGCGGUGUGGGAACACUGCCCGAGGCAGAGUGUGCCUCUAGUCCAUUGGCAACCAGCGUGGAUCGUACUGGAGGUACUGAGGAUGAGGAGCUCACAAAUCUCAACUGGCUCCAUGAGAAUCUUCUUCAAAACUUCACAUUGGGUGGGCCUGAAGCCCAGCCCAGUGGCAGCCCACUCUUUGACAUAGAAGGAGACUACGGGUCCAGUCAAGGCCCAUCAUCCUCCUCCUCAUCCUCAUCACACAGCCGAGGCAGAGAGAGGGACUCACUGAAGUCUAAGCCACCUUUUUCAUUUUCGCUCCUCAUCUACAUGGCCAUUGAGCAAUCCCCCAGCAAGUCUUUGCCUGUCAAAGAGAUCUAUGGCUGGAUCCUUGAGCACUUCCCUUAUUUCUCCAAUGCUCCCACUGGCUGGAAGAACUCAGUUCGUCACAACCUGUCCCUGAACAAAUGCUUCCGCAAGGUCGAAAGGAGUUUUGGAAAGGCCAAUGGAAAAGGUUCUCUGUGGUGUGUUGACCCUGAGUACCGCCCCAACCUGAUCCAAGCCCUUAAGAAGCAGCACUUCCCUGCCGCACAUGCCUUCUGCACACCACCCGCCUCCCCACCCAGUGCCUCCUCACCACCUCGCCAUCUCUUUCUACAAGGCUGCUCAUUUAAAGAGUCUGACAUUGAUGCUGCCACUGCCAUGAUGCUCUUAAACUCUGCCCCCGGGCACCACGUUGACCCAUGCAAUUCUGACAGUCCACUGGACCUUUCCAGACCUGACUCUGUUCUGGUGAGCAGUGAUCCAAAGCAAGACCACAACUACAGCAGCGUGGCCCUGCAGCGCUGCUCCUCCCGAUCCUCCUCCUCAUCUCUUUCAUCCCUGGACGAAGGAGGCUGUGACCGCAGGCAGUCCUGCCGCGCCGGCAGCGAGGGUUUCCACAGCGACGAGGACUCCGACCUCUGGGACGAGAGGGGCGUCCACCAAACAUCGCGGCGUCCGCCUGCCAUCAAGUGGCCUGCUGGCAAGAGGGCAAAACGUGAGGUCAAGCCGGAGCUAGAUGAGGAGCUGAAGGAAGCGGCGGGCUCUUUGCUACACCUGGCUGGUAUACGCAGCUGCACGGAAGGCUCCAAACGCACUGUCAAGAGCACAAAACUGAACAGGAAAUAAAGAUCCCUCCCCAACCCCAUCAGACUCCAGACCCUGUGAACCCUAACCUCUGACCCCUGAUCGUGUGUCCCAGUGUGCCUCCUUCUCCUUAUCUGAUCGUUCAUUGGCCAUUUUGAGCCUUUUAUUUGUUUGGGAUAUUCCUGUCCAACAAAACAAAUGGCAAUAGCAUCGUUCACACAGGAGAACAAAGCCAUAUAGAGACUUUUGUAACUCGGGGCUAACUGCUGGGGGGGUGGGUGUUUGGGCUAUGGAGAACCAUCAAGAUACCUAUCCAAAACGACCUGCCUGCUUCUGUUGGAUUAGACGAUUGUGAUUCAAGAAUUUUUUUCUCUGAAAGACAAAAGUGGGAAAAUCUGAAGGUUUUCUAACUCAAAAGCGUUGCAUGCUUCCUCCUCAAACCUGUAUCCUCUUCCAAGUGAAUCUAUUUAUGAAUUGAAUGAGUGCAUGUUUGUAACAGACAAAACCUAACCUCCUGGUGUUAUCAGUUUCUCCUUUUUGUGCUAAAGAAAAAAUGCCACUGUUUUGGAAGGAAGUUUUGCUUUUUGAAUCCUCUUGUAAGAGAGAUGCAAUAAUUAAUCCACAACCUUAACUUUUUUCACAUUACCUGAUGGUGGCAUUUUUCAGAGUUGAGUAUGUUAGUUUACUUUACAAUUUAGAGAAUGAAUGGAGUAGUAUUAUGAUCUUGUUAUGCGAUAAACUUAUUACACAUGAGCUCCGGCUCUAAUUUCAGGAUUAGCAAGAUGUGGAAAUAGUAUUACUCUGCCACUGCCAAAUUUAGUUGCAAAGUUAGCUAUUCUACUCCGCUCAGUCUUGUGCGGCCAUUACAGUGCUAUACGAAUGAAAGCUAUUUUCAUUUAUUUUUGCAAAUCCACGGCUCCACCUGUCACUCUCUCUCAUUCAUCUGUGUGUUUUCCACAUUUAUCGUGCAGACACAAAAUGUAUAUUCACGUGUUUGGUGACAGCCUAUGCAAAGUGAACAUCUGCUAUGCACUCGCCAGAUGUUCACUGUGUAUCCAUAGGUUAUCCUCCAUAGAUUUUAUUUUAUUUUAUUUGUGUGUGUGUGUGUGUAUCAUAGUGCAUGUUGACUUCAGCCCCAGCCUGAGCUGACAGUUGCAACAGAAAAGAGUUUGUGGCGAUCAAACAUUGUUCUUGUUCUGACAGUAGUCGUACUGCUCAGAUGCAUAUGAUUGGUGUUUUGACAGAUCUCCUUUUCACAGCUGGAUGUUAGGGCUGUUCGUGCUUCUUUGUGGUCCUUUUUAGACACAGAAUUGGUUAACAUAAGCUGGAGCAGACAGGAAAUUACCAGAGUCUUGCUCCAUUAUAGGAUUUACAGUUUUUUUUACACCUCCAUAUGUUCUCCUUGUGUUUUUGAACCAACAAUGAAAAAUCCCAAAACUGUAAGGACUAUUUUGUUUAGGCAUGUCCCUUGGCCAAGUUAAUUUGCAACUGAUGAGAAGAAAUGCCUGCUUUGGUUCAGAGUAGUGAAAAAUGUGAACCAUAUUUGGGAGGCAAAAGUGAGAAGUGGGCAAUAUAGUUGUCACAGCCAGAGAGAGCUGGGAUCUGGAUGUGCAGUCGCUCGCAGGCGAGAUGUUGAAAACCUGUGCUGCUCUUGUGUUUUGGCCCCCGUUCUGGUUGGCCACUAGUGUUCGUUUCUUGCUCUUCCUCUUAGAACAAAAUAAGGAAGUGCACGUUCUCUUCUCAAGCUGUGAAAUGGAGUGUUUAUUAUCAGUUGAUUGCAUGCAGUUCACCGAGGGGAAGUUGUGUAAAAGGCCACAAUUCGCAUUUCAAAAAGGCUAGACACACACGUACAACACAAAGUAGCAUGGAAGUGCACAAUGGUAACGCACUGAAAUUUAUACCGCUCCUUCCCACAGGAAAAAAAUUUAGCGUGUCACAGUGACUGUUUAUAUAGCAUGCAUGGUCGGUGCCAAACAUUUUCUUGUGCCACUGAUUUAAAGUGCAAAGGGUCGUGGUCACUGUAUUCCCCUUGCUGCCACUGUGUAGUUGUGAUUCAGAUUAACAAUGCCCUAGUUUUCUGAAUCAUUCAAACAGGAAAUGGGAGAGGACUCUGGUCAGUGCAGUGACUUAACCAAUUUUUUUUUGGUUUAUUUAUGUCGCUUUAGAGUGGGAGCUGUUCUUUGCAGAGUAAGCUGCAGUUCUCAGAAGUAAUACUUGCAUACACUGGUCUUGUUUAGCUGUGAAAAAAGAACAAAUUAUUGUUCAUUAAUCAUCAUCUUAUUUAUGACAUUAAUUUAUGGGAUUUUUGAAUGCAUACUCUAUCAAACACUGGUCAUUUGAAGCCAAUGACUAGGCACAUUUAUAUUUCUCCCUUUAUGAAUUUUUCUUGAGUAUUUUUUUCUCCUUUUAUUUUACAGCAAUACACCUUUUUUCCUUUCUGUAUGUUUUAAGUAUUUUUGCCAAUGUCUGCUGUCUUUAGAGCGGGUGUUUUUAAUUUAACCAUGACUGCCAGGUUUCCUUGAUGUUUUUUUUUUGUUUUGCUUCUCGUUAAACUGGAUAGAAGACAGUUGAUUAACACUGAUCCUGGAACCUUUUGUUGCCAAAAUGGAUGUACAGCUGGGGUAUCGAAGCUAAGAUGGACGCAUUCCCCAUGUACUGUAGAAUUUUGUUGAAACUGAUUUAAUCAUUUUUACAUGUGUGUUUUAUGGUUUAUGUUUAGAUAUUAUGACUAAUUAGUCACAAUUUAAAGAUUAGCUCUCAGUUUCAUCACAGAAAUACUGCCAUUCACAACACAUGCUUCCUAUGGGACGUUUGGAACAUUUGUUCAUCGCUGAAAAACUGGAACAGACUAACUCAUUUACCAGACUUAUAAUUUAGUUGAAUAUAGGGAUGACUGCAGUGAAAUUUCGGGGAGAUUAGUUGAAGAAAAUUGUAAUCAUUCUUUCAGUAGCACUUGUUAAAGUGACUCUGAAUCUGUGAGUUUAUCUAGGGAUGAGCUACCUAAUAGUUUUUGGGGUUACAGAAAACAUGAACCCCAAAUCCCAGUUGCUUCUUUGCUCAACAGCUCUUGUUGAAUAUUGAGUAUUUCGAUCUCAAAAUUCUGUUGCAGUUACUAUAUGGGUAUGUUGAACAUUUUGUUGCAUUUGACAAAGCUGCCAACCCAGUAUCAGUCUGUGUCAGUUGUCUGCCAUGUCUAUUGGAUGACACACCUUUUGGUUUUUGUAUGCUAACCUCUGUUGAUAAAAUGUUUAUAAGAUUUAUUUUCGCCAAAGAUAUGCAAUUGCAUUAUAUAUGGUAUUACAAAAUAUUAAUAAAAACCUGUUCUUGUUAA